UUACCAAAUAAAAAUAGUUAUUAAGGUAAUCAAUCAAAGCAUGGAACGUGAUACACUUGUGGAUUACAAUUAAAUGUAGUUAAACAAUUACAAUUAAGCAGCCAAUAAUCAUCUUCAUUAAACGUACAAUGUGCGAGUAAGGGAGAGAGCGAGCGUGCAAGAGAGGGAGACUAAUGUGCGUUCACAUAUCAAGAGUAUAAAAUUGGUGUGCUCAUGUACUCUCUUUUGUUGUGUUAUAAAAGAACAUGUCACUUCGAAACCCAACGAAUCAGCCAUCAGUAUUAAAACGGGCGGCAUAGCCAACGAUCGGCAAAUACUUGGCGUAUUUCACAAUUUGUAGUUCUUUGAAAAGACCAGACGACAUAUAAAAAAAGAAAGAAAGAAAAUAAAACCUAAACAAAACGGAAGUUCAAACCAAAUUGCACAAUAUCGACGUACCAUCUCGUAGAAGUUGCAAGAAGAAAAUUCACAUAGAAACCCAAUAGCAAAAAAGCAAAGACAAAAUUUUGUUGGAAAUAAAAGUGUUCUAAUUUGAGAAACGACCAAAAGAAAGAACAAUUAACCGGCAGAAUCAUGUUUAAUCUUAUGAUUUUAGUAAGCAGUUUCGUGUGCUAUAUAGCCUUUAUCCUGUGGCAGUCAGUGAGGAAGCCGAAAAAUUAUCCACCUGGUCCCGAUUGUGUGCCCUGGGUUGGCAAUACGAUACAACUGCGCAAGGAGGCUCGGGCCUCUGGAGGACAACAUAAGGCCUUUGAGAAAUGGUCCAAGACGUACAACAGUGAUGUUCUAGGCCUAAAACUGGGCAGUGAAUUGGUGGUGGUUGCCCUGGGUUAUGAGAUGCAAAAGGAUGUCAAUCUUCAGGAAGUCUUUGAGGGACGUCCCGACACAUUCUUUUUGCGUUUACGUACCAUGGGCACACGUAAGGGCAUCACCUGUACGGAUGGCAAACUAUGGUAUGAACAUCGUAACUUUGCCAUGAAACAAAUGCGCAACGUGGGCUAUGGACGUUCCGAAAUGGAGCAGCACAUCGAAAAGGAAACGGAAAGUCUGCUGAAGUAUAUUGAAUCGUUUGAGGGUGGAUUGGUUUGUCCCUCCACAUUUUUGGCACAAAGUGUCAUCAAUGUCCUGUGGUCCAUGACGGCCGGCAAACGAUUUGAGAGAGGUGAUAAGCGCAUGGCAAGGUUGUUGGAUUUAAUGGGACGCCGCUCCAAGGUUUUCGAUAUGUCCGGUGGCAUUUUGACGCAAUUUCCCUGGUUACGUUUUGUGGCGCCCAACAAGACGGGCUACAAUUUAAUACGUCAAUUGAAUGCGGAAAUGUUUAAUUUCUUUAUGGAAUGCAUUGAUGAACAUAAGGCCUCGUUGAAUAAGCAAACCGAGGAUGGCGACCUGAUCUAUGCCUAUCUGCGGGAAAUGCAAAAGGAACUGAGUAACAACAAUGAAAACAGUACCUUCAAUGAGACCCAGCUGGUGAUGACUAUUUUGGAUUUAUUUAUUGCCGGCUCACAAACCACCAGCACCACAAUGGAUCUGAGUCUCAUGACACUGGCCAUGAAACCGGAAUUGCAAAAGAAGAUCUAUGAAGAGAUCAAAUCGAAUGCCAAACACAAUGAGUUUCCCAGUUUGGGUAACAAGGCCUAUUAUCCCUUGACGGAUGCCUUUCUCAUGGAGGUUCAGAGAUUUUAUCACAUUGCUCCCAUAACAGGGCCACGCAGGGCUCUUUGGGACACGAAAUUGGGUGGCUAUGACAUACCGAAGAAUACCACAAUUCUGAUGUGUCCCUUUACCGUUAUGAAGGAUACCAAACAUUGGGGUGAUCCCGAAGAAUUCCGGCCAGAACGUUUCAUCAAUGAUGAGGGUAAAACCUUUAAAGAUGAGUACUUUAUUCCCUUUGGCAUGGGUCGCCGGCGUUGUUUGGGUGAUGCCAUGGCUAGGGCAUGCAUAUUUUCAUUCAUCGUCUCGAUUUGUCAAAAUUUUGAGCUGGUUCUCAGUGACAAAGAAGAAGAUCAACCAUCGUGGACCCUGGUGCCGGGUAUAACGCUGUCCGCCAAGCCAUAUAAAAUUAAAUUUGUUGCACGUUCAUGAGAGAAAUUAAGUCAAAUUAAGGCAGGUGAUUGCAUUGAUGGCCGGCACACAAAAUCACACAUACGUACCCAGAGUAGUGGAGAGAGGUCAGUCAGCCAGUAGUCAGCAUCAUCCCAUAGAAGCUUUGUAUACAAAUUUUCUAUAGAAAACAAUUUUAGUUUUAAGAUUUUUAUUUUUUUGUUAUUGUUAUUUUCUUUUUAUCUAUAUAUUCUACAUAUGUACAUAUAAACAAAAACAUACAUACAGACAUACCCACACGAUCAUCAUCAAGAAACUUAAUCAAAUCUUUUGUGUAAAUAAAUGGUUUCAAUUUAAAUAAUAA